ACACAUCUCUAGGAUCUGUUGUAAGGAGAGACUACAUUCACACUGAGAAUAUUUGGAGACGAAAGUAUCUCUCUCCCACUCUCUCCUUUCUAUUUUCCUUUCUCCAUUUAUUCUACUCUAAAGGAAUUUCCCCAUAAAAGGGAGUUGCCCAAUUAUCUUGUUUAUUACAAGACACAAGGAAAAUUUGGAAGAAAAAGAGGAACAACAUUUUAAAGUGAGAAGAGAACAGAAGACUAAUUGAGUUUUUGGUGUUGAUUCCUUACCUGUUUGCAGGGCUCUGAAGAGGAGGUGCCUUUGGAGUGGCUGCAGCUUGCACAGAAUAAGGGAUCUGCUAGAAGACUGCAUGUCUAAUGCUCGGAAGGGGAGAGGAGUAAUCCCAGCUUUCACCUACUUGAGGAUUUUAACAAUGCUUUUUUUCAUCUAACCUGGAGCUGUUUGCAUCUGGCCAUUUUGACUGAGCUAAUUUUCUAACCCUCUGCUUGUCCUAUUUAUAAAACAUUUGUGCCAUUAUUAUGUUCAUGUGAAGUCUGCUGAAACAGGACUGUGUGCCCUGACCUGUGCGAUCCAGAGGGUAGAAGUGAAUGAAUUUACCCAUGAGAGAUCCAAUAAUUACAGGGUCAAGCAUGGCUUACCACCCAUUCCUGUCACACAGGGCUCCGGACUUUGCAAUGAGCGCAGUUCUUGGACACCAGCCUCCCUUUUUUCCAACCCUGUCCCUACCACCCAAUGGGGCUGCUCUUUCCCUUCAUGGUGCCCUGGCCAAGCCCAUCAUGGAUCAAUUAGUGGGUGCCUCAGAGACUGGCAUCCCAUUUUCUUUGGGUCACCAAGCUCAUUUGAGGCCUCUCAAAACUCUUGAACCUGAAGAAGAAGUUGAAGAUGAUCCAAAAGUCCACCUGGAAGCCAAUGAUCUCUGGGAUCAGUUCCACAAAAGAGGAACUGAGAUGGUCAUCACUAAAUCUGGGAGGAGAAUGUUCCCCCCAUUUAAAGUCAGAUGCACUGGCCUAGACAAGAAAGCCAAGUAUAUCUUAUUGAUGGACAUAGUUGCUGCAGAUGAUUGCAGAUAUAAGUUCCACAACUCCCGCUGGAUGGUCGCAGGGAAAGCGGAUCCAGAGAUGCCUAAGAGAAUGUAUAUCCACCCGGAUAGUCCAGCUACUGGAGAGCAGUGGAUGUCUAAAGUUGUCACCUUCCACAAGCUCAAACUCACUAACAAUAUCUCUGACAAACACGGAUUUACUAUUUUAAACUCCAUGCACAAAUACCAGCCAAGGUUUCACAUUGUGCGAGCUAAUGACAUUUUGAAAUUACCCUACAGCACAUUUAGAACUUAUGUGUUCCCUGAGACCGAGUUCAUUGCAGUGACUGCAUACCAGAAUGAUAAGAUCACUCAAUUAAAGAUUGAUAACAAUCCUUUUGCCAAAGGCUUCCGUGACACAGGGAAUGGGAGAAGAGAGAAAAGGAAACAACUGACCCUCCAGUCCAUGCGAGCAUUUGAUGAGCAUCAGAAGAAGGAUAAUCCAACCUCAGAUGAAUCCUCAAAUGAACACACCGCAUUUAAAUGUUUUGCCCAGACCUCUUCUCCCAGUGCAGCAGUGGGCACUUCAAACUUUAAAGAUCUUUGCCAUAGCGAAGGGGAAAGUGAUGAUGAAAGCAAGGAUGAAGCAACACUUGAAGCCUGUGACUCUGCCAAAAUCUCAACUACAACUGCUGAGGAUUCAAAGGAGAGAGGCAGCCCCUCCAAAUCUCAUUUUUUUCCCUCCGAUUUAGGGAGCAAGUCCAGGGAGCAGAGCAGCAGAAUUGGAAAGAACUCUCCUGACUCCCGGCACAGCCCAGGACAGAUCUCUUCGAGUAGCAGGGUUCUUAGCAUUGAGGAUCUCAAGAGCCCCAGUAGAGACUCUCACAAACUAGACGAACCAAAACACUCCAAGGAAACCUACCCUCCCAUGUCUCUGCACACAGACACUAACCCUCACCAUCUCUCUCAGGGACAUUUACAGAACUUGGGCUUCCCUCCAGGCUUAACAGGGCAGCAGUUCUUUAACCCAUUAGGUGCGUCACAUCCGCUGCUCCUUCACCCCAGCCAGUUUGCAAUGGGAGGAGCUUUUUCCAGCAUGGCUGGGAUGAAUCCAUUACUGGCAGUUUCAGGAGCGACAUCAGGGGUGAGCAGCAUUGAAUCUACUGUCAUGGCUUCCUCAUCCCAAGGACUUCCAGGGGCCUCUGCUUUACCUUUCCACCUACAGCAGCAUGUUCUAGCCUCCCAGGGGCUGGCAAUGUCUCCCUUUGGGGGUCUUUUUUCUUAUCCCUACACUUAUAUGGCAGCUGCUGCAGCAGCCUCUUCUGCUGUCCACAGGCACCCUUUCCUUAAUGCAAUGCGACCCAGGUUAAGGUACAACCCUUACUCCUUUCCGAUGCCAAUACCAGAUAGCAGUAGCUUAUUAACCACGGGUCUGCACUCCUUACCCAAUGGCACAGUGGAUGGAAAACCUGCAAGCUUGGUGCCCAGCCCUGCAGCUCUGGAUUCUGCUUCUGAACUGACAAGCAGAUCUUCAACCCUUUCCUCUGGAUCUGUCUCCUUAUCCCCUAAGUUGUGCCCUGAAAAGGAACCAAGUAGCGAACUUCAAAAUAUCCAACGCCUUGUGAGUGGACUAGACUCCAAACAGGACAGGUCAAGAAGUGCUUCUCCCUGAUUAAAAAGGAACUGCAUGUCUGGAAACGGGAUAACGUGUGAAGCAAGGAGCUUGUUUUCUCAUUCCAAAAUCUGUCUUUCUGUGCACUUUUGUUGUUUCAGAAAAAGUCUCUCAAACCUUCACCACUUAGCUGUUUGGUUUACUUUACAUUACCCACAUGGGGAUAAGUGAAUGCUUGCAAGCUGCUAUUUAGAUCACAUUGAGUAACACACUACCAUGACAUAGCCUCUUACAGGGCAAGUGGCUACCUGCAUGCAGUACCGACACAUCUACUACAAAAGGGUUUCAUUUUGUAA